CAUGUUCCAUGUCCGUCAUGUGAUAUUCGUCGCUCGAGAAAAAGUUUCGUGAUCGCAUCGUCCACUUUUUAUUUUUUAUUUUGCCCCAAAGCACUUUGCGUCGAUCCUUUGAGCCUGCAAAAUGAAUUCCGAGUGGGUGCCCCCGAUCGUCAUCACCAGCAUUUGGGCCUUCAUUGGCAUUAUUUGCCCCUUUUUCGCCCGUGGUCCCAACAGGGGGGUGACUCAAUGCUGCCUGAUGCUCACCGCAGCGACGUGCUGGCUGUUCUGGCUGUGCUGUUACAUGACGCAGCUGAACCCGCUGAUCGGACCCAAACUAAGCAUGGUCGAGAUCAUGAUCAUGGCCCGCGAGUGGGGCAAUGAAAUCAAGGACUCCAUGGAUAUAGUCGUCUAAUCAUAAUGUAUUCGUUUCACGUGUUUUGUUAUUGUUUCUUUACCCCGGAUGCUCUUGCAUUCUGUAUUAUUAAUUUCAACAUAAUGUUCGAAGCAUAAAGUAAAUUGAACGAGAGCUUCCGCUCUCGACAAACCCGUUAUAGAAAAUCAUAGAUAAACAACAUAUUUGUAAAUUUAGUACGUGCAAAACUAUAAUGUUAACCUUGACUUUUUGGCCAAGCAUUCCCAUCAAACCGAGUGUCUUACAAUGAAGAUUGAAACUUAUAAUAAAGUAAAUUUACACUUAGAGCUGAAAGUGUUCAUUUAAA